UUGUUUUACUUUCAUGAGUGCUAAGUUAAAUAACUCUUCACCCACCCCACCUUGGUCUUUGCAUGCAAAAGAAUGAGUGAAAAAGAACAAAUCUUGCAACCUUGGUUCAUUGAUUAACAUCAAGUAGGCACAGGAUUCUGUUUUUCUCGUGCGGUGCUCAAAUUUUUAAAGGGGCUAUGAACAUUCUCUUCAACGGAAAUAGUUGAAGACUUUCAGCUAAAUGGGUCAAGAAUUUUUAUCCUUGUUUCAGCUGGAAACAAAGAGAUUGCUAUGGCUUAUUGGCAUUACCUAUGCGGUCAUCUUAACUUUUCACUACCUUGAGUUUCCAUAUGGAACUGUUUUAGUCUCUGUGUUCUCUGCUGACAAGAUACCAACGCCAGGAAGUAGUACUUUCAAGUCUUCAGAUGUGCCUUCCAAAUCCAAAUUGGUUAGCAAUGUCACACUUUUCAAGCCAUCAAACUUUGCUGCUGACCAUGCUUUUGAGAUUGCCAAUAACACUUUGAUCUUUGGGCAAAAUGAGACCAUUCCAAGAACUAGUUUUGUCUUGGAACCAAGACCCAAAUCAAACAAAUCUUUAGGAUUUGAUGGUUCUGACCAUAGUUCCACUAUCGGAAGUAUUGUAAGAGCAGACAGAAAAUCUGAAUCACAGCAGGCAGAAGAUUCUCAAACUUGCAGUUUUAACAAAACUAUCAGCUUGAAUUUCUCUGCAAACCGUUUCCAAGAAGACAACCUUUCAUCAACUGAACAAAAAUCUGAAAGUCCAUUUGCUUCUUCGAGUAAUGUGAGCACAGAUAUUACACCUGCAGUGAUAUCAAAUGAUUCCACCAUAUCUUUAUUUCAGAAUGAUAACAUAACUAAGGUCAGUGUGCCUAGUGAGAAUAAAGAUUAUCAUACACCAAUUCCAGAAGUUACAACAGUAUUUGAAAUGAACAAGUUAUUACUUAAAAGCCACACUCGGUAUCGCUCUAUGAGACCUAGGUGGUUUUCAGCUGUUGAUGAAGAGCUACUGCGCGCCAGAUCAGAGAUUGAAAAUGCUCCAAUUGUAAAGAAGGAUCCAAAUUUUUAUGGUCCAAUUUAUCAUAAUGUUUCCAUGUUCAAGAGGAGCUAUGAACUAAUGGAAAAGACUCUAAAAGUGUAUGUAUACACUGAAGGAGCUAGGCCAAUAAUGCACUCGCCAUUUUUCACUGGACUUUAUGCUUCUGAGGGAUGGUUUAUGAAGCAAAUGGAAGCCAAUGACAGAUUUGUAACGAGAGACCCAAAGAAGGCCCACUUGUUUUACUUACCUUUCAGUUCUAGAAUGCUGGAGGAAGCAUUGUAUGUGCAAGGUUCUCACAGUCAUAAGAACCUUAUUCAAUAUCUGCAUAACUAUGUAGAAAUGAUAGCAGGAAAGUAUACUUUCUGGAACAGAACUGGAGGUGCUGAUCAUUUUCUCGUUGGUUGCCAUGACUGGGCCCCUGGAGAAACUAAGGUUGAAAUGGCUAACUGCAUAAGGGCUCUUUGUAAUGCUGAUGUGAAAGAAGGAUUUGUUUUCGGGAAGGAUGCGUCUCUUCCGGAAACGUAUGUCCGGAAUGCUCAAAUCCCCACUAAGGAUCUUGGCGGAAAUUCAGCUUCAAAGAGGACAAUUUUGGCCUUUUUUGCAGGGAGCAUGCAUGGAUAUGUGAGGCCAAUAUUGUUGCAGCACUGGGAAAACAAAGACCCUGACAUGAAAAUCUUUGGGAAAUUGCCAAAGUCAAAGGGCAACAGGAACUACAUUCAGUACAUGAAGAGCAGCAAGUACUGCAUUUGUGCCAAAGGCUAUGAAGUGAACAGUCCAAGAGUAGUGGAAGCCAUUUUCUACGAAUGUGUUCCUGUUAUAAUAUCUGACAACUUUGUGCCACCAUUUUUUGAGGUUCUGAAUUGGGAAUCCUUUGCAGUUAUUGUUUUGGAGAAGGAUAUUCCUAAUCUGAAGAAUAUACUCCUUUCUAUCCCGGAAGAGGAGUAUCUUCGAUUGCAGAUGAGGAUCAGAAAGGUGCAGCACCAUUUCCUUUGGCACAGGAACCCUGUCAGGUAUGAUAUAUUUCAUAUGAUACUUCAUUCCAUUUGGUACAACAGAAUCUUCUCUGCACCAACUAACUCGAUACUAGUCAAUUUCUAGAGCAAUUUUUCUCUGUACCAGCUUUGAAUAUGUUUCUUCAUAAAUAAGAAAAAAUGUAUAGUUUUCCAGUGCUGAUUCAAAUUUUACUGUUGUCUUCCUCUCAA